CAACAGACAUUAAUGGAUUCCAGAAAUAAUCUGGAGUCUUGCAAGGCUGAUGGCUAACAGAAUAUACUGGAACAUGACUGAACAGAAAGCACCAGCUUGCUGAGCUAUUCCACAUGAAGAAAAACUUGCUGCAGGAAUCUGGGCCGACCGAAGACAUUUCGGCACCUGAGGCGAACCACAAAAUGGCACCACCACUUUUGGCUGGGGAAGGAGGGAACAAAGACAAAGAGGAAUGCACUUCCAUAUUUGAAAUAAUUGUCCUGUGUCAGCACCACAAGCAGCUGCUGUUGUCACCAAGAAACAACAUCCCCAAGGAACAAUGAGGGGCAAGAAGAAGAUUAGCCUUCCAGCUAAGUUAAUCAACGGAGGUAUAGCAGGACUUGUGGGGGUGACUUGUGUUUUCCCCAUUGAUUUGGCCAAAACCCGUCUCCAGAACCAGCAAGGACAAGCCAUCUACACCGGAAUGAGAGAUUGUUUGGUGAAGACAAUUAAAUCUGAGGGGUUCUUUGGCAUGUAUCGAGGGGCUGCUGUAAACCUGACUCUUGUCACUCCUGAAAAAGCAAUCAAGUUGGCAGCCAAUGAUUUCUUCCGACAGUUACUCUCCCAAGAUGGAAAAAAAUUGUCAUUGGUGAGAGAGAUGCUUGCUGGCUGUGGAGCUGGGACUUGCCAGGUAGUGGUCACAUCUCCAAUGGAAAUGUUGAAAAUCCAGCUUCAAGAUGCUGGGCGGCUAGCUGCUCAUCAGCAGAAGGCCUUGGGACAGGAUGGACCAGCGGCUGCCACCUCCCAUUCACCACCAGGACAGCCUUACACAGCCGGGUCCACAGCAGCCUCUAAACGCCCCUCUGCUUUCAUGAUUGCCAAAGAUCUCCUGUGCACCCAGGGAGUUGCAGGCCUGUAUAAAGGGUUGGGAGCCACCCUGCUCAGGGAUGUGCCCUUUUCUAUUAUAUAUUUCCCACUUUUUGCCAACAUCAACAAUCUGGGGCAGGCGAAUCUUGAUGAAAAAGCCUCUUUCUUCCAUUCAUUCAUCUCUGGCUGUAUUGCAGGAUCUGUGGCUGCAGUGGCCGUGACCCCACUGGAUGUUCUAAAGACCCGAAUUCAAACUCUCAAGAAAGGACUGGGAGAGGACACCUACAAUGGGAUCGUUGACUGUGCCAGGAAGGUCUGGAUUCACGAGGGCCCUGCUGCCUUCAUGAAAGGGGCAGGAUGCCGUGCACUGGUUAUAGCUCCUCUCUUUGGCAUAGCCCAAGGAAUGUAUUUCAUUGGCAUUGGAGAACAUAUCAUGGAAUAUUUCAAGUAGUACCCAUUCCAAAACACACUGGAUCGUGAAUUAAGAUCGCAGGAGUUCUGUGACACUAGCUACUUGAAGAGAAAUGGAAGCACCCUGUAAAUACUUGAAUGGCUAUGAACAGCUACCCAGUCUACCGCUAUCCAGGAAGAUGGCCUAAAAAACACCACUUCCAGGUUUGCCAUUGCUUCAUUUUCUAACACAAUCCUCUAGCAUUGGGCAGAUUUCUGGGACCUAAAAGUUAAAAAGCCAAAGGUUGUGCUAUGAAAAGGAAUGGGUUGCAAGUGUUAUUUCUUACUUGCACCAAACAUUGGCCAACACUUUUCAAGCUGAUCUAACAGUAGGACUAUCACACACCACUGCAGACCAGGAGUGGUGCUCUUUCUCCAAUAUGUAUGGCCAGAGAUUGAAUCUGGAUCCAUCUACUUACAAAGCGUACACUUUACUAGUGAUUUAUGGGGUCCUUCUCAGAUGCUUGUUCUUCUCCAUUACAAGUGGAUUUAUAAAUAUCACUACUUCA